GCGUUUUCGAGUGACGCGCGGCCGACAGAAAGUCACUUGAACUCCUGUAAGUGUCAACACGCGGAUUGAUGUAUAAGUGCAACGCUAAUGACAUCGCAGAAGUGUCUCGUUGUCAUUUAAAUGCAUCAUGAAGGGCGUCACGUCGACUUCGACCCAACUCUCCUUCUGCGGUAAGGUAAUCACAUUUAAUCACACCUUGAGUGAAAAUAAGACGAGCGAGUUGACCUUCCGUGGCUUUUCCUUCCAACCGGAGCAAGAGGUGUUCGUGAAGGCAUCACAAGGCGCGGCUGUCAUCAGCCACAAAAGCGCAGCAAGCGUGGAUGCCUUCAUCACGUCCAAAAGCGUCGUGGGUGUUCACAGGAGGACGAGCACGCCCUUUGUCCUUGUGGCAAAAAACAACAAGAAGGCGGACUUGUUUGUGUAUAAACUUUUCGCUCUGAGUGUCUGCAAUCAGCUGGAGCCUUGCAUUGAGUUCUCACUCCCUCAUUGCCUGAGUGGGGACGUUUGCAUCCUGCAGGGGCCCACAGUGCUGUGGACGCAUGCUGAUGCUGUGUUUCAUGCGUCAAGUGAUUCAGGAGGGGUCAAGCGGGUGCCCCUCCAGCUGUCCCACUGUCUUAUCGGCGAGCUCCCCCUCCAUAAGCCUCAAGGGUUCAUACUGGGACAUCAGGAGUGCUCCACCAAACAGACUGUGGCCUAUUUGCUCGGGACCGGUCGCACCGUUGACGGCUCAGUGGUUUUACCUCACCCUUACAUUCGCAUCACGAAGUGCAUCUCUGUGCUGUCGGCCAGCCUGGCGGGCGACGCGCUGCGGUGCACUGCGGUUGCGGCCACUGCCAGUCGUCAACUGCUUUAUUUGGAGAACGGCGCCGUGGAGGACGCGUGCCUUCUGCCGUUCGAGAGUCCUGAAGCAAUACAGGUGGUCGACGCUGGAAGAAAUGGAGUCAUCUUUGUCGUAGCUUUCGAUCAAGGCCACGUGUGCGCAGUGUGGAAGGAUGCAUUUCAAGUAGCCGCCCAGUGGUCAAAUGUGAGCUCGGUGCACGUGGACGACUAUCUAGGAUGCGGCACGGAGCAGAUAUUGUUGGUUUUUAAGGGUGACGACGCAUCGGGACAGCCGCCGGAAGAUUUCAUCAUCACUGACCUCUGCGGGAUCUCUUACUCUCGUGGCGAGCACAGUGGCGCAACGGCGAAGACGUCCCCUCCAGCAGAGAGCCAGCUCCUCACAAUUCAAGCUUUGGAAUCCAGACUGCAGAGUGGACUGAGCGCACUGCGAGAACUUCAGGGGGAAGUGAGAGUGAAGGACAGAGUCGUGCAGCAGUCGGUGCGAGCGCUCACCGAUGUGGUGCGCCAUCGAGAGCCAAAUCUCGCGCAGCCUGAGCAGGAAGGACUCGUCGCUCUUUGGGAGAGUGAUGACGAGUCAAAGGACGAGGCCGCCGAUGACGAGACCCGAGUCGUGCCAGCGGUGCUCCGCGGACCUCACGUUGACAAGCUGUGGCAUCGCGUCGUCGACGGACGAAUGGUCGUGGGAGUGAUACUUGCUGCCGACAGCUCAAUACCAGCGGUCAGUACGAGCUUAUCCGUCCUGACAGAGGCGGGCCGCGGCUCCGCGCCCGCAGUCAUCCAAACCCAAAGCCGAGUGUCGUGGCUCCCCGCGCCCGCCCCCUCACCCUCACCCUCCGCCUCCUCGGCCGCCACCUUCCCUGAGCCGGCAGCCAAAAGAAGCAAGCGGCACGACGCAGGGGGCCCGAAUGAUCUCAACGCGGCCAGACUCGCCGUGACUGCCGUGACCGGGCUGGGACCUCUGCUGAACUCUGGCUAUGUCAAAUGCAAUGUCAUGCUCCAUUACAGCCCGAGAACGGACGGCUCGGUUCUCGCCCGUGCCCCGGCACCGACGGUCUUGCAUUGCGGUCAAGUUACUGUAGACAUCCACGCAGACUUCAAAACCCAACUUUUGAGCAAGCCUGAGCUUAAAACAGACGAGGCUCAGGAGGAUUUGCUGUGUCUGUUGGCGGUGCUGGAUCACUGGGUCUUCCGCAUAGACUCUCCCGAACACAGCUUGGGCGAUAUUGACGGCUGGCUGCAGAGGAGAGUGGGCUGUAAGAGGGUCGAAGUGAGCCCUCAGCAUCAACUAUUCGCUUCUCAAGGACUCUCUUCUCUCUCGCUGCUGCGCUGGCGUCGCAACAGUCCUUUCCGGGGGGAACUGGAGGUCCACUCGAGCCACUUGGAGAUCCUCAAGCUUCUGGACACCCUGCUAGGUCACCUCCCAGCGUCCUGCUCCAUCCAGCCCAUCUGUGGCAUAAGAGGAGAGGGGUCAUCUGAAAAUCUCGCUUUGGCUCUGGAGAAGGAAGUGGCAUCACUACGGGAGUUUGUGUCAAUGCAGCUGCGUGGGCAGCAGGAACGCGACGAGAGAGCGACUGGGCCCGAGGAGAUCCCUGAGCCGGGCACACCCGAGGGGCUCCACAGGUGUCGACUGGUUUGGGAACAGGACGUGGAGAGGAGUUUGCGGAAUUUAAACCGACAGGUGGACGUGAGCAGGUACCGCGAGUUCAUCCAAAAGCUGUCUGUAGCCCAGCUUGAUGCGGAUUUAGCUGCUCUCAUGGAAACGCGGAUGAAAUAACGUUAUUAACUGCUGACGGUGUGCGUUGAACAAAGUCACAUUUGGCUUUGAAGAGCAAACUGAUGCCGACAUGGUUACAUUCCGUGCUCGCGUCCUGUCUCCACUUGAGCGCAUUUCUACGUGAUCACCUGCCAUCGCUUCAAUCUGCUGCGCUGUGAUCGUCUUAAUCCUCUGGACUUUGUGUCCUCGCACUCUUUGUUGAUGCUUUCUAGUUUCAUCCCGAAGUGAGAAAUGUCAGGGGAGGGAGGGGGCAUCGCACAAGGGAAAGCUUUUACUCGUUCUUCCACCUCACGGUUGACUUGUUUUCUUCCUGGGACAUGAUGUAGUUGCUCAUACGAUGCUGUUGGGAAAAGGCCAGAAGUGCAGAAGAUGUCUUCCAUAUUGACCUGACCAGCAUGUGUAGCAGAAAAAUGGCCAGAGGUGACCUAUACAAAUCUAUUUAUUUUAUUUACCCGAGCCACAUGUCGCAUUAUUUUUUUCCCCACAUUGCAUAAAAAUCAAGACGAUUUUAUCAGGUACCGCUUGUGCAAAUUAAUGAGAUCCAAUACAAGAGAUGUAUCAAUAGAGUGAUAUUUUUGCCCUGUUCAUGCUGAAUUAUUUAACAAAUUCAUUAUAAAAAUGAUACACAAUU